CGGGCAUGGAGCCGCUUUAUGCCAAGUUCGUGUCUCAGAAAAUCAGCAAGGCCCGAUGGCGGCCCGUGUCCGGCGGGAGCCUGCAGCCCGCCGACGCCUUCGCCACAGGCUCCUGGGACAACGAGGAGAACAAAGUGUCUCUGUGGGCCAUUGGAGACUUGGGCAACUCGGGCCCCGACAGCUAUGAGGGAGACCAUCAGUUGUUAUGCGACAUCAGUCAUCACGGAGAUGUCAUGGAUUUGCAGUUUUUGGAUCAGGAAAGAAUGGUAACUGCUUCGUCAACGGGAUGUGUAACAAUUUUCCGUCACCAUCCAAAUAACCAGACUCUGUCAGUGAAUCAGAAGUGGGAAGGAGCCCACCACCAUGGCGGUCUGGCCAGCCCUCGCAGGAGCGCACCGUGCACGAGCGUCGCCUGCAACAACCCAGAGAUCGUCACUGUCGGAGAAGAUGGAAGGAUAAAUCUCUUUAGGGUAGACCACAGAGAUCCCGUUCGAACGAUCGACAACGCAGAUAGCAGCACCCUUCACGCAGUGACCUUCCUUCGCACGCCCGAGAUCCUGACGGUGAAUUCCAUUGGGCAGUUAAAAAUAUGGGAUUUCAGGCAACAGGAAAACGAGCCCUCUCAAAUACUGUCCCUGACCGGUGACAGAGUGCCGCUCCACUGCGUGGACCGACAUCCCAACCAGCAGCACGUGGUGGCUACCGGCGGCCAAGACGGAAUGCUGAGCAUUUGGGACGUUAGGCAAGGGAGCAUGCCGGUGUCUCUUCUGAAGGCUCACGAGGCGGAAAUGUGGGAGGUUCACUUUCACCCAUCCAACCCGGAUCAUCUGUUCACUUGUUCUGAAGAUGGAUCCCUUUGGCACUGGGAUGCCUCUUCCGAUCUAUCUGAAAAACCAUCGCUCUUUCACCAAGGUGGAAGAAGUAGCUCGUUUUUGUUACACGGCACCGUGAACCAUCCUAACAUCAAUCCGUCUAUUGCGAGCUCGUGGCUGAGCACCGAUCCUGCCAAAGACCGAAUGGAGAUCAUCAGCUUGCUUCCAAACAAGACUCUCUCUGUAAAUAGCUUGGAUGUUCUAGGGCCUUGCCUUGUCUGUGGAACCGACGCAGAGGCCAUUUACGUUAGUAGGCAACUGUUCGGGUGAAAAUAUCACGAAUGUCAAAGGUUCACCUGGGGGUCCAAAGUUUGAUUUGCCUUAAAACUCUUGAAAAUA